CUUUAUUCCUAAGAAUCCCUAAACCAAAGCACCACGGGUGUUACUAUUACAAAAUAUUCUAAGAAAUACCCUUUUCUAUUUUUUACAGGAAAGGGUCCAACUACUAAUGUAGUCGUUAUGUGCUCAGCAAUAUUGGGACGUUGCUAUGGCUUGUGAUCUAAUAAUUCUUCUUAAAACCGCCUGGUUAUGUGUUCGUAUCUCCGACCUUAACAGUGAUUUACAAAGAGCUGAAUAUGCUGCAAGUGUUUCUACUCUGCGAUGUUUGAUUUCUUCCUUUUCUAUCGUUGCUUACAAGGCAAACAAUUAAAACUUCAAACGAAAAAUAAAGUCCUCCAUAUGAGCAAUAUGUAUCUUAUACUAUAUUUUAUGUACAUAUGCAGUUUCUUUCUCCUUCGUUCUUUUCAAAAUUAUGAAUCGAAUUUCUCCGGAAGAAAAUUCAAUUCAAUAAACAAACAGAGGACAUUCAUGGUACCAAACCCGACAUUAUCCUUUUUUUCCCCGUGAAACAAAGGGUUUUUGGCUAUUUAUAUCAAACCUCCCCUGCUCUUAAGCAAAGCAACAAACUCAAACGAAUAGCACCACUAGCAUUGUCACAUACGUCUUCUUUGUUUAAAAAAAAAUUCUUACAAAGCUGGCUCUGCUAUAAUACUGAUUUCGUAGACUUUCUGUAUAUUGUAUCAUUUCAUAAAUUAAAAAAAAAAGUGGAAUUAAUUUGACUCACAUCGACCGGGGACUUCAUUCGUUAUGAAAAACAAUACUCUCUGAAGUCUAUUUAAGGGACUAACGCAGUCUGUUCAGUACAAACUCUGACACGGAUAAAUCAUAAAGUACGGUAAUAAUUGAUCCGGCUUUGUUCACCAAAAUCUUCAGCUCAAAUUAACGGAACGAGAAACCUUUUAAUUCUUGAAAUAACUUUAUAAUCUCACAUAGUGCUUUAUAUCUUUGUUCUCACUCUACCUCUUUCACACACUACUCAAUCUCUUUUCAGUCUCCUAAUUUAUCCUCUCAGUUUCAUUUCAUUCAUACAAUUUACCAAGAAACCACUCACUCUUCAGGAACUAUAAACAAAAACAUUCAUUUGUGUUACAAGACUUGCUUUCCAGUGCGACAUACAAUCCUUAUACUGUUGCUAAAGCUCAUUCGUACAAACUCUCCAAUUAUUUCGUUUGUUCCACCAUAAGAAUCAUAAAAUCCGCGUGUUCAAUCACAAUAGAUACUAGAAACAAAACUCAUUUGUCGCCAUGUCACAAAUGUCAACAGCUUCGGUUUUCUUUCCUUCACCGGCUCCUGGCUUGGACUAUCCUGAACCUUUAGAACUCAAGUACCUGCAGGUGAUUUUUCGUCAUGGUGAACGUACGCCAGUAAAGGACCGUUUAGAGAGCGCAGGAAUUCCAAGAGAUUGGAAGAUGUGCAAUAAUGCUCGUCGCUUUUUCGCUCAAAUUCAGGGUCAAAAGAGAUGGACCGUUUUGGGCUAUGAGCGUAAAAUGGAAAGACCCGACCAUAUGACCUUAAACGCACCCGUGCAAGAACCCACCGAAAGUGCUGUUUGCUACCAUGGUGAGCUUACAGAUAUCGGUCGCACUACGACUCGUCAACUCGGUGAAUAUCUGCGCGAGCGUUAUAUUCAGCGUCUUAAAUUCUUACCCGAUGCACUGAGCCAAAAUUCCCAGGUGUACAUGCGUGCCACUCCACUUGUUCGUGCACUGGAAUCGCUCGAACAUGUCUUUGAGGGACUGUAUCCCGAAGAAAAGCGUUCUGGUUUCCUUCCUGUCAUUUACAAUCGCAAUUGGGCCGAGGAGAACCUGUUACCUAACGAGAACAACUGCCCUAGACUCCGCCAAUUGUAUGAGGAGUUUGCUACCAAAGCAGCCAUCAAGUUUGAUCCCUUGCUUGCCGGUCGCGCUUCCGAAAUGAUGAGCGAGUUCAUGGACGGUCAACCUGUUCGCGUCGUAUCUAGUCAUCCUCGUCUCAGCGGCUUGCUUGAUACCAUAAACGCUGCUAUUGGUAACCAUGUUCCUCUUCACCCCAACUUAACUGAUACCCACUUUCUCAGCGAUGCACAAAAGGCUGUUACGGAAGAAUGGUUUGGAGGCUACAAGCAAUCCAAGCUCAUGCGCGUGCUUGGUGCUGGUAGCUUGUUAAACGACUUGUAUAAUCGCAUGGAGUCAUGCACCCAAGGCAACAAGGGAAAUCAGAAGCUUGAACUCUACGGCGCUCACGAUGUAACUGUAGCCGCUAUUCUCGCAGCAACAGAUUCCUUUGACUACAAAUGGCCUCCUUUUACCUCUCAUCUAGAACUUGAACUCUUCCAAGACAAGUCAAAAGAAAGUGCUCAAUCGACUUCUAACUCGGUAGCAACUACAUCCUCACCAUCAGAACUUGCUGACUGGUAUGUACGCAUCAACUACAAUUCCAGUCCCGUCGUUAUGGGUGCCUGUAAGGGCAAAGGUUUCCGGGGUGACGAUUCCAUUUGUCCCUUAACUGUCUUUAAAACCGUGGUUCGUAAUCUGAACCCAACCAACUACGAUGAACUGUGUCGUCCAGUCAAGGCACAGGCAUAAUAUCCAGCACGAAUACAUUAAGAUAAUCCUCCACAUUUUGGAACAAAGAUUAGUUACAACUUUGUUAAAAAUAAAACAAUGUAAUACUGAAACACCAUUCCCUUUUCCAUAGGCAAGCUUCAUGUGUAUUGUUGGUCUACGUACAACACUCGAUUGACAGUAACACCGUC